GCGCGGAGCGGUGCGGGCCGAGCUGCGCGGGCGGGCGCGGAGCGGAGCGGGGCGGAGGCGGAGCGCUGCGAUGUGCAGGAUGUCCUUCAAGAAAGAAACACCACUUGCCAAUGCUGCAUUUUGGGCUGCAAGAAAAGGAAACCUGGCUCUGCUCCAGCUGCUGCUGAACAGUGGGCGAGUAGAUGUGGACUGCAAAGACAGCCUUGGCACAACAGCUCUGAUGGUAGCAUCUUACUAUGGCCACAUAGAUUGUGUACGGGAGUUGGUGUUGCAAGGAGCAGAUAUCAAUCUGCAGAGAGAGUCAGGUGCAACAUCUCUGUUCUUUGCUGCACAGCAAGGCCACAAUGAUGUAGUGAAGUUUCUCUUUUCAUUUGGAGCCUCCACUGAAUUUAGGAAUAAAGAUGGAGGCACAGCUCUGCUGGCUGCCUGUCAGUACGGGCAUGCAAAAGUCGUGGAAACUCUGCUGAAGCACGGUGCCAACAUUCACGAUCAACUCUAUGAUGGAGCUUCUGCAAUUUUCCUGGCGGCACAAGGAGGCUAUCUGGAUGUCAUCCGAUUGCUGCUUUCUUCAGGAGCAAAGGUCAACCAGCCACGACAGGACGGGACAGCUCCCCUGUGGAUUGCCUCACAGAUGGGUCACAGCGAAGUGGUGCGAGUGAUGCUGCUCCGGGGUGCUGAGCGAGACGCCGCGCGCAAUGAUGGUACCACUGCUUUACUGAAGGCUGCCAUUAAAGGCUACAACAAUGUGAUAGAAGAGUUGCUGAAAUUCUCUCCCACACUUGGCCUGCUGAAGAAUGGGACCUCUGCUCUCCAUGCAGCUGUCCUGAGUGGUAACGUGAGGACAGUGGCGCUGCUCCUUGAGGCAGGAGCGGAUCCGUGCCUGAGGAACAAGGCAAAUGAAUUGCCAGCAGAACUAACAAAAAAUGAACGCAUCCUCCGACUCCUCCGUGCAAAGGAAAAGCAAAGGAAAAGCUAAUGCAGCCCUACAGCAGAUGCAGUUUGACAGAGAUGUGCCCUGACCACAAGCAGCAUGACAGUAAUCCUAGGUUGGAACAGUUUGAGAACUGAUUAGCCUGUCCAGUACACGCUCCCUGAAUGCACCAGGCCCUUGCCAAGGGUCACCCCGGGCUGGGGACUCCGCCCGGCAUCGCUGAACACGGGACCGUGACGAGAGCAGGGGGUGGCCCAGGAGCUGCCUCUGCACCACAGCCCUGCCUGUCCUCUGGGAUCCCACCGAUCCCAGCACCCCGUUUGCUCCCCAUGCAUCCCAGCACAGGCAAGCACUCCUGCUGCUUCAGACAUGCAUGCCCACGCUGUCAUGGCCACACACCUGUGGCAGCGUGGGUAGGGAGCACUCGGCCCUUGUGCCAGAAGGAUUCCCUGAACCUUGCAGCUGUUUGGAUUCAGCUGGCUACAGAGCAGCCCCAUGACACCCCUGCCCUCCCUUUGCUGACAGUGACCAUUCCUCUCUACCUCCAAGUGCCACGUGAGACUAGAGGUGAGAUGCUGCCCGAGCCAUCACAACAGCAAAAGUUCUCCUGCCAGCACAGGGCUGGGGUAACAUUAUUGCUACUACAUGAAGCUCCAUAAAAAUGAUCAAGAAUAUUACAAAUGAUGUCAAAAGCUACCAACCAAACAAAAAGCAAGGGGAAGUCCUCUCAAUUGCAGCAUCUUGAUCUACCAAUCUGUCCAGCAACAGAAACACAGCAGAGCAGUUGAUUUUGAGAUGCCUAUGCAGCUUAUGGGGAUCCUUCCCCAACCUUGUGCGCCUUUUUUUGGGUAGAAGAGGACUGGUUGCUAAGCAAACCAACCAUGCCCAAAAGGGCAUUUUUCCACAGGUGCAAGUACAUCAGAAACUUAACUGUCAGGCACAACAAACCACACAGAUGCUAC